UUUACGAAAUACGAUGAUAAGAAAAGGAAAACAAAAAAAACCUUUGUACUUGUACUGUUGUCUGGCGUAGGUGGUGGGAAGAUAGAAGGAGUUGGGUGAUGAAGUCAAAGGGUGUUGCGAUUGCGAAGUAGCGUGUUGUUCCCUUUUCCCAAUUCCGAGAAAUGGAACGCGUGAAGGUAGCAUGUCUUCUGUGGUUGCGGGGUUUCAGAGAGGCUUGUUGCCUUCAUCGCGUUGUUGUUCUGUGUCUUAGGUCGAGAAGGCUUUUGGUGCGAACUGGACAGUGUUUCCUCUUAAAUGGUUUCAUUUUCUUAGGAAGUCUAUUCGUCCUAAACUCGUUUGUGAUCCCUGCAUUGUGGUGGAUAUUACCUGAUCAAUGCUCACAGUUUGUUUCUCAUAAACCGUGUGACACAGCUGGCACUUUGAAAUUUUAUUCUUUCUUACGUCUUGCACUCGUUCAGCUCUUUUAUGUGCUUUGGUUUUACCCAUUAUAUGUGUUCAGUAUUGUUCUAAGUGCCAUCUGGUACAAUGACAUUGCCAAGUUUGGGUAUGCUGCAAUGGGAAGAACUAAGUUUACUGUUGAGAAAGGUUCGGGCCAAAACAACGCACCAACUGUACAAAUUGCUUAUGAUGCAAAAAGACCAUCUGGCCUGGGAGGGGUCAUGAUUGGAAUAGGAGAGCAGGUGUACUCGGUACUCCUUUUGAGCGUUUUCUUUCUUGAGGUCUAUGCAACAGGAUUCAUACCGUACAUUGGGAAGGUGCUAAAUUUUUUACUCCUUUCCUGGAUGUAUGCAUAUUACUGCUUCGAGUACAAAUGGAAUUUCAACGAAGUGGCUCUUGAUAGAAGGCUGCACUACUUUGAAUCUUACUGGGCGUUUUUUGCUGGCUUUGGAAGCCCUUGCGUUUUAGCCAUAUUCUUUUUCUCGCCUCUUGUGGGUUAUGGCAUUAUGGCUAUACUUUUUCCACUGUUUGUUCUAACUGCAACUGGGUCUGAGGCUGAGCAAGAAUCCUUUGAAAAAGACAAAUGGCGAGCUACAGGAGUCGAUAGACUCCCAAUAUUUUAUGUUGCAGAUAAUGUGUCGAUGUGGAUGUUAUCUCUUUUACCCCUGGAGAAACGGGACCAGAUGCAAGACAGAAAAGAACAAUAAGAUUGUUGUAGUCAAUGAUUCUGGCAUAACUUAUGAUUG